AUGGAAUCAGCCGCGUUUGAUGAUCAAAUAUUUAGUGAAUUUAACGACACCCUCAGUCCGCUUGGUACAAAAGCGAUACAUGCGAGUGGACCCAGUGGUCAUAACAUACAAGUGGUAUUGGGUAUCAAUCAAUCAUCGCCUGAUUCGUGCACACAACGUUUACCUGAAGUGAACAGUAUUCUGGCCGCUGGAUCGCCCAGUUACAAGAAUAUAGAUUAUACCAACCUGAAUAAAGUGGACUAUCACUCCAAUGGAAAACUUGAUCAGCAGUACUCGCCGAACUCCAACAAGAUGGAGUACAUCAACUGUAAGCUCGAUUAUUAUUCGCCGCAGCUCAACGUUAAUAGUAACCCAAAUAAAGUAGAAUUUGUUAAAACCCUAGAUUAUAAUGCCAACGGUCGUGUCGAAUAUUCGCCGCCGUCGAAAGCACCUGACUAUGGAAGCGGGAAGCUGGAAUACGAAACCACCAUGACCAUCUUCCAGCAGCCGCCACCCAUGAGCUCCACCACGCUCAAUGGCUUGAACGAUCCUGGCAAACGGAAAAACGACGAGGUUCACAGUGCUUCGGGAUCGUCAACGCCCACCACGACAACUCCGAUUGUCAAUGGAAACGGAAGUGACAGUGCGUCGAGUUCGAAUAAGAAGAACGACAAGAAGAAGGCCGAUCCUAAUGGGAUAAAGAAGAAGAAGACGAGGACAACGUUUACCGCAUACCAGCUAGAAGAGUUAGAAAGAGCUUUCGAACGAGCUCCCUACCCGGAUGUUUUUGCACGGGAAGAACUUGCGCUCAAACUCAACUUAAGUGAAUCUCGUGUACAAGUUUGGUUUCAGAACCGGCGCGCCAAAUGGAGGAAACGCGAGCCACCUAGGAAAUCCGCCUAUAUGGGCAAUAACAGUCCAUCAACGCCAAUGAAUGGCCCGAUUGGAACCACAUUCACACAGUACCCGCAGACAACGACAGUAACCCCACCAGGCAGCGUAGAAAGCUGGCCCACCUACCAAACUCCUUACGAGCUAAGCCCCCAUUUCAAUCUACUAUCUCCUGCUGCUAGUCCUUAUGGUUCCUUUACCACCCAGUAUGGUACUUAUGUGCACGAAAGUCAAUUAUUUCCCGUAAGGCAACAUUUCGAUUACGGUAGUCCAUCCAGACCAGGAGCCGAACCCGAAGAGCCACAUCACAAAACGGAGCAUUAUGCGUCACUGGACGAUAAAUUCGAUACGCACUGUUCUGUCUCUGAUGGGGUCACUAAUGGAAAAUACGUUGAUGACACUAAGUACAUUCACGCAGUUAACAUCAUCGAUGAUGCCAAGUACACCAGCAAUUGCCACAUGGAGGACCCAACUUUAAAACAAUCCCAUUACGGUGCCCCCAGCUCCUGUCAGCCGGAAGACGAGACUGACUCGCUUGGCAUCGUAAAGUCUGAGGAUGGCGUUAAUCACAGUUAUGUUUUACCACCUUUUUUGCGCUAAAGCAGAAGCUUUCAAUAACAAAAAACCCUUAAUA